GGUGGGAAUCGAUUCAACCGAUGAAACAUCCCAAGGCAUGUCCACCGGCCACCAUAAUUAUAUUUAUCGGUUGGCAAUCCUUCACGGUUUUGAUAUUAUUUUACGGUGAGCGUAUUGUAACAACGUCGUGUCAACCGUACACCAAAUCCGUGGAUUUAACGUCCAUGUGGCCACGCAUCACCAACGCGGCACAUCGGCGCAGCCGACCGGUCGACGUCAUUAGUUAGUUCAGUUUUCGCCUUCGCACAGCAACCUUCCGAGAGUCGACACGGUAUAAUAUCCAACAAAUAUCGUCCAACCGCCGCCGCCGUAGCUCACAAUCGUCUCAUAUUAUCGUUCGUCAACCGUCGUAAUAAUAUAAUCGCAAUACGCCGACAGCAUGUUCGCCCUGCCGUCGGGUUACGUGGCCGCGCAAGAAGCGGGAAAAACGUUCGCCGCCGACUACUACGGCCGGCUGAACGCGUCCGCCGAGUCGGUGGUCGGCAUGUUCAGCCAGCGGUCGCGGUACUACUCGAUGGACUCGUUGAACGGCCGGCCGGCGGUCGGUCGGGCCGACAUCGUCAGGGAGGUGCGUCGGUUUCUGGGCACGUACAGCGGCGGCCGCCGUUCCGUGUGCGUCAUGUCGGUGGACGCGCAGAUCGACGCCGACGGCCGUGGCGGACGGGCGUCAGAGAAGGACUUCGACCGCUACGACACCGACGACUGCAGCGACGACAACUGCGACCUCGACGACCUCGACGACCUCGACGACCACGACGAACCGUCGCUGGCCGUGUUCGUGCGCGCCGAGUGGACGGAUAUGGCGCGCCGGUCGUUGGAGCCGAUGCCGUUCGUCCAGACGUUCCGUGUCCGGUGUCUUCGGGCCGCGGUCCACGGUUACCGGUUCAAGAUCGACAUCACCAUCGUCAAGACGAUGGUGGCCACGGUCCAACCGCCGCUGCAGGGGCAACAUAGCCAUCGACGGAUGGACGCCAACCACAACCACGGCUUUUCUAAUUCUGAAUGCGGAGAUGACAAUUACAGAACACCAAUAAGUGGACAAUUUCAACAGGAGACAUAUGCAGGCUACACGAAACGUUUGAAUGCAGAAGCUCGAGAAUUCGAACUGUGGUCGCCACCGAAUCUCGCGGAGCAGUCCACGGACGACGAACAGGAACUGUCGGAGGAGGGCGCGUGCGACGCGGAGGAACGGGAGUCGACCCGCGAGCAUUACUUGGCCUACCGGAACAAGGUGAAGGUGUUCCUGGAGGAACCGAUGUUCGACCUCCAACCGUCGACACGCGCCUCGGUCGACGACGACGACGACGACGACGAAGAUUCCCGUCCGACAGAUCUGCUGCGCGUCGACCGACUGGACAAGUCGGUCACGGCCGACCAACUUUACGCGGCGUUCAGCCGUUACGGCAAAGUGCAGUGGGUCCGCGUGUUUCCCGGCGGCUACAGCUGGCCUUCCGGUUGCGUCUACCCUUACCAUUCGGCGCGAGUCUGCUUCGAUCGGACCGAGUCCGUCGACCGGGUGUUGGCCGACCACCAGAGCUCGGGUUGCACGAUCAAAGGCGUCCCGGUGAACUUCAGCAAGUCCAAACCAGGCCAGUGACUUACGACGACGACGAGGAUGUGCGCACGUCGAAUAAAUAGGUAUAUUAUAAAUUUUGAUAUACGUCAUUAUGAUGUGAACGACGUUUCUGCGCCUGUAACCACCUGUACGGUACAUUUUACGUGACAGUGGUUGUGGUCACCUGCACACAUAUUUUAUCGACGUGCGACUUGAGCCGGAUUCACAGCUAUACACACGUCGUGUGUCCUGUCGCACGAUAGCGUGGUAACUAUACCGUUACGACUAUUAUAGUAACCAUAUUGGUUUAAAAGUUGAGCUGUAGUCCAAUUACCGCGGUGGCUUGGUCAUUGCAUGAUACCAAAAGAGUUACGUUCAAUGACAAUGCGAUUUGAUCGACAGGACACACGCGCAACGUAGAUGUGAAAGCGAUUUUACCGAUUAAAUUCAGGUGACAAUAUCAUAAUGUAGGUGGGUAGUACUUGGGUAGUCAUGAUUUAAUAUUAUGGCGUCCACCCCGAGUUCUUGAGAGCUUCGCAAGAUGUCGGGACUUUGUUGGGAAGGUAUGUUAUACACUGCACGAUUUUUCGACAUAGAAAAAAUUCUAAGUUAUACAUGACGUGGUGGGUGGUGGGUGUUAUACGCGCCUAUAAAUAUUAAUACCACGAUAAUUCGCCAUUUUUCAUCAUUUCGUUAUUGGAAUUUUGUAAAAAUUCCAAAAGUAUUGUACUUUUUAUGUGUUUUCUAUCCGCAGGCGUGGUUUUCCACAACGAAUCGCUACAAUAGUAGUUUUCCGAUCGGCGUAACAAUAAGCAAUAUCGGUGACAAAAACUGAGAUUUAUUUUUAUCGGCUAGUGUGCCGGACUUUUAAUUUCCGUGACAACUAAAACUUGUUCUGCGUAACCUCUCGCAACACUCCAUACAGCUUUUAGUUUAUGUAGAAUUAUAAUAUUAUCGUGCUAUACAUUGAUUUAGGCAAAUUUAUGCGAAACAGUUCUAUUUUUGCUUGCGAAACGGACCUGCAAUCUCUUCCGAGCGGUAUUGGGUUGUAGGUAUACAAUAUACAUACGCAUGAACGACCUCAAUACCUUAUACGGUCUUUUAUUUUGGGUUUGGGGAAAUUUGCAUAUGAGUAAUUCAGUAGCAGAUUUUACCGAGGGGACUUUUCGUGUCAUUAGUAAUUCAGCGGUAGAAUGAUUUUAGGGAAGUUUACUACACGAUAAGAGGAAGAGAAAAAACGCCUUUUCACCGCAUUGGAGACUAUAGAGACUAUUCGAGUUUACACGUGUACGAUACAUACGUUAAUAUACAUUUCUCCAUUCGUGAAUGUAUAAUAUUUACAUCCAUGUGUCUAUAAUAUAAUAUGUCAUAUCAUACUCAUAUCCGUAUAGUUUAGAACUCAUUAUUUAUUCAAUUUUCGGUCGGUACGUCCAAAAUUCCACAGAACGGUCGUUAUUGUGUCGCCGUUGUACCCUGUACAUUAAACCGAAUACUUACGAAGUGUAUUUAGUUAUAAUGUAACAUUGAUUAUGAUAUUAAUUUUAACUAUCCCCCAAUCAUGUACAUAAUGUAGAGAUACUAUAUAAUAAUAUAGUAUAUUUACAGUUGGUAUACUGUUUUUCAGAGUAACUAAUAAUAUUUUAACUGCAUAUUAUUUUAUAGUAAAGUAUCCCAAAACUUUUUUUUUUUCUUUAUUAAUAAAAUACACACAAUCUGUACGCAAUAAGGCACAAUAAGAGUAUGGGCUAUAAUACAAAAGGAAGACAAUCUUGAAUGAAGAAGCAACCCACUGAUGACACUUUCGUGUUCUAAAUCUUAAAUUGUAAUUAUUAUAAGUUACCAUUUUCAAAAAGUACCUAAUAGACUCGAUAAAAAUAGUGUAUAAUAUGUGGCUUGGUGUGGCGUGGUCAACUGCGGAAAUGCUCUGAGCGUACGUGUUAGCGGGUGUUGCUAGCUCCCGGAUGGGUGACCACCCGGAAUUUUAGCUACAAAUCCUUGACACACAUACAUACGUGUUUCAACCAUUCCUCACCCUUUCCAAACAAAAAAACAGCUAAUGUCCAUAGUUUCCGGGCUUAAGCUCAAUAAAAUAAAAAAUAAUAUAAAAUGUUAGAUGUUUUGUAAAAAUAUAGUGUUAUAAAAAUUAUUUAAGCUUUAGAAACGUACAUUUUCAAAAUCAUAAAUAUUGACUAGAACAACUAAUAUAUAUAUAUAUAUAUAUACAUUGGUCUACGUCUACAACAGUCCACACGACAAAAGCUUUCGUCGUGAUACUAUUAAAUAACCAACGAAAGCUCCUCGAAAUACUACACAUAAUUAAUAUACUAUAUUGUUAGGUUUGCAAAUCAUAUGAUUAUCCUUAUAACAUUACGAAUCAUAGUAUAUAAUAUAAAGUAUACAUUUUACAUAUAAAUAUAUAUUAUUAAUUAGUGAUUACUGUACACUAUGAAAUAAUAUGUGCAUUGUGUGCAUAUAAGCAAUAAGAAUUAUUAUACUAUUUAUGUAUUAUAGUCUCUCGUAAUAAAUAUCACUGUAAACAGUGUUUAUUGUUUAUAAAACAAUUUUUAUUUUUUUUUAUAUAAAUUAUAAGAUUUUAUCGCUAUAUAUUUUUUGUUUUUUUUUUUUUUUUUCAUAUAAAGCUUCCUGAUUUGAUUCCGAUGCUGUGAAAUCUCAAAAAUAGAACAUUAAAUUGCAAAUUAUGCAAGGGAAUGGAAAAUCGAUACACAGCUGUCUUGACGUAAAAUAACAUUUAAUUUUAAAUACCAAUUUCGAUAUAACAUUUAUACUUUUAUCAAAACAUCGAAAUUUUAAUCUCAUUAUAUUUAUGUAUUUUUCAAUAACAUUUAUCAAUAUUUUUCUCUUAUAAUAUUAUGUAUUUCAAUCUGAUUAUUGAGUUCUAAUAAAUAUUUCUUUUUCUAUAAUUCAGACGUAUAUUUCUGCAAUACAUAUUGUAUAUCAUGUACCAAAAUAGUUGUUGUUACAUACGAAUUAAUUAUUCGCAUGAAACAUUGUACAGCAAUUAUAUUAUAAUAUAGAACCAUGAAAACCUGUGAGGUGACGAGGCGUUCCCGUAGCUACGCAGUGUCAUUUAUCAAUGGUCGUAACUCUGUAAUUAAAUAUUAUACUAAUUAAAUGAUACAUGUUUUUCGGUUUUUCUGUGAAAGAAUUACACAUAAUAAUAUAUGCAACUGAAUGUGGACUGAAUGCGAAUCAUUAAAUAAAAAAUGCACGUUGAAAAUGGAAUCAUACAUCGACGAAAUCGAUAUUAUGGAAAUACCUAAAAAUACGAAGUGUUCGUGUGGAAAUGUAACCUAUAUAGACGAAACAUAACAUGUCAAAAUUUAACAACACCAAUGUUUAGGUCUUAAGUUCUUGUUUUGUUUCGGAAAAAAAUUGAUCUGACAUUUCGACAAAAUUUUUGACAGACGGAUUGCUUCCAAACCGAAUGAGCUGCACUCCAUAAGAAACAGCUUUUAUAGGUCACGCGUUACGCGUAUAUACGGUUUUAUUACAAGUGAUUUUAUAAUAAUAUUUUUCUUUGGAAAUAAAGUGAAUGUGAUUGAUUUAAAAAGAUACGGCGAACUACCACGUAGUUGACAUUGACAACACUGGUGUAGAUAAAGAAAAAAAAAUAAUACUUCGAUAAUAAUAUCGAAUGCAAUUUGUCUGUACCAUCUGUCGGUUUUUUUAAGACACGCGUCUUGCAGGAUAUUUUUUGAUUCGUGAUUUUCAACUACUUAUUGAAGUUGUUGUACGAUAAUUAUUGUAUACCAUAAAACCACCACUUAUUUUUUAAUCGACCACCUGAAAUCGAAUCUUAGCAUGAAUAGAAAAAUACUUUUCGAAUUCCAAACGUUAGUUUGGACGAACAGUAUUUUAAAAAUCACAUUAACAAUGCCAUUAUUAGCUCAACUUCUCGUUUUGCUAUUAGUUACUAUUGUUUCACUAUUAUGUAACAUCGAUAAAUAAUCUCAAAAGUAUAUUUAGUCAACAUAUUAUGUUACAUUAAAUGAAAACUUAACAAUUUUCUUUUAUUGAAAUAUCCGCAUAAGGCCCGCGGACAAAUUUUAUCUGGCCCGCAGACAGAAAAUAAAAACACGUAUUACGACAACAUUCUACGUAUUAUUGUUGUAAAUUAUUACUUUGUUUAAUAUUAUUGGUUUUCUCCGACAACUGUUGAUAAAUUGGUCGCAAAUCAUAUCUUGUCUAAACUUUAAUUGGGUCAUUGGGUGACUGCUAGUUGAUUUUACGUCUACGUAUAGUCAGUCCGUCGAUACCGCCGUUGUAUUACAUUGUAAUUUUUUUCGUGUUAAUUGGUUAAAUUAUUAUUUUUAAUUUUUAUUACUAUUAUUUAAUUUUGGUUAAAAUAUGUGUCCGAAAAGAAAUACCCAACGCUAAAAUUAUUAAUACUGAAAAUGUGUACGAUGUUUGGCUCCACGUAUGCUUAUGAAUCAUCUUUUUCAAAAAUGAAUUAUAUUAUUAAAAACAAGUUCAGAUCCCGGCUAACCAACAAACAUCUUGAAAUGAUUAUGAAGAUAGCAUGCACUAACCAGACCUCCAAUUUUAAACAGUUAGUCGAGAGUAAGAUUUGUCAUUUUUCUCAUUAAACAAGUUUCUAUUUUAUUGUAUUUAUAGUUAAUUUUAAUUUUAAAUUUUUCGAAUGUUUGAAAUAUUAAUCAUGUUCUUAAUGUUUAAAAACAAUAGCAAAUAAUAAAUGAAAAAAUAAUGUUCUCAUUACAUGCAAUUUUAAAAUAAUACCUAUUGUCCUAUUAUAUGUUGAAAAUAUGUACUUAGAAUUUUAAUUGCCCUCGAAAAAUUUUCAGAUUCCUAAUAUGGCCCUUCAAAAAUAUUAAUUGGUGACCCCUAUAUAGACCCUAUACUGACUUUUUGACAUUUCAGCUCUUCAAUAAAUAAAAAUACAAUACAACUCAAAUCUCAAAUAUUUUUUGAAUAUUACCUCAAGGUGACGAAUAAAACGAAUAAAAAAAAAAAAAUUUGUCUUUACAUUUUAUUGAAUUUUUUUUUUAACAUUUUUCUAGUGAGUAUUGAUUAUUGUAUAUCAUGUCUGAACAUCCAUCAAUGGCUCAAUAUAAUAUAUGAAUUAUAGUGUGCAGUGUACAGGGUUUUUUUUUUUAUUUUUGUUUCCAAAUUGUUAUUAAUAUACACGGUAAAUUACCUAUGCACUUGUAUUCGAAACGCGCGUUUCAAAAUCUAUCCGCAAUGUAUUAUAACGAUAAUAAUAAUAAUUGUCAAAGACAUGUAUCUUGUUGCUGUUGCUCGAACAAUAAUUGGUACUCCCCGGACGCGGGAUGGGUCCCCUAUUUCGACUAUACAACGAACAUUAACGAAUUUAUCAAAACUUGCCGGCGAUUUCCCAUGUUUGCAGUGCAUUACUCGUGCGCUUGAGUAAAUAUAAUUCGCUGGUGGAUCGCAUUGUUGAAACUAUUAACACGGAAACGAGUAGAAUUCGAGUUGGUUACGGUUAAUUCGGACGAAAACUAAUAUAAUAUGCGCGAUGCAUCCAGAUGAUAUGACAAUAUUUUACCUUGAAUAUUGCAUAACAUUGUAUAGGUACCUUCGUGAUAUUAUAUUCUGUAUAAUACGAUACAUAUAAUAUCCAUAACCACUUAUAGUAUAGAGUUGUCUUGAAAUCGGAAUUUUUGAAGGUAGCGUAAUAUGUUACAAAUGAAUAAACGCGCGGCAAUGGGAGCGCAAUAAUAGACAUUUAAAACAUUAAACUUCUAAGUCAAGUUUAGCGAACAUUUUUUUUUACGUCUAAUCAGUAGUGCAUCGCCGUCGAUGCGUCACGUGCCGAUGCUUACGAUCGUUUCUGUUUUUAUGGAUCUAUUUGUACACGUUUCAUAGUAGAAAUAAAUACUAUACAAUUCGACAGGAUGUAAACUUCUGGCAGCUAAGUCGGUACCUCUGGGAAGUAAAAGAGUUAAAAUCUUCAGUAUCUACUUUUUAAAUUAAUCGGGAAAAACUUGAUUUUUUAACGCAAACUCAGUUUUCGAAAAAUCCAUAUUUUUUUUCGUAGUUCAAAAAUUAUUCAUCAUAGAUAAUGCUAUAUGCUUUAAAGCCAAGUCUUGAACAUUCACAAAAAGUACGCCGUAAGUAGUCAUAUUUCUGAAACAUUUAUCCGAUGUUCUUAGAUAAAAUCGGAGGCGACCCUGUGGUCGGUGGUCGGCUAGAAUGUAGUAGUUUUUAUUACACAGGAAUCCGGAACGUCGGUAAUAUACAUAAUUGCGAAACUUAACUAAGAAACGGUCCACUGAACGAUAACGUCAUUAGGCCACACUGCGCAGACGCGUCUUAAAUUACCAUUGUAAGUCGAAAGGGGCGGUUCGUCCGCGGGCAUGUACAUUUGUAAACAGAAUCUCAAAAGGGAAUUGUUUUUAAUAAUUUAUUUUUCAGAUUUAAAUAAUCGGGUAUGUAAGUGGUUUGAUUACACAACAGUAGUGACAGCAGCACACAAGUAUAGCAUUUGACCUUGAACAAACGGUAAAAGUAUACCUUUCUGUAUUAAAACUAUACGGAGAUCCAAAAUAAUUUAACAAUUAAUUAUUAAACACCGUAAUAUUUAUAAUUAAAUUUAAAACAUCCAAGCCCACAGUUGUACAGACCAUUAUUUCAUUAUUUUUUUUUUAUUAUUAUCAUGAUUUAUUAAUAUAAUAAUAUACUAACAUUCAUACAACAUAAUAAUAAUAUAUAGGCACUUGCACUAGUUCUAAGAGUUAGUUUGUUUUUUUUUUCUAAUUCGAAACGUUGAUCGCAUUAUUAAUAGUAUUAUUACUAUCAUCUUUACAUUGUUUGCUUACGUUAUUUGUUCGCGACACUAUUAAUUAUUACCUUUUAAAUUUAUAAAUAAAUACGCAUAGCUAAAAAUAUAAAAUUAAUUUGAUUUUUAAUUUUUAAUUUAUAAUCAUAAUGAAUAUUUUAUCAUUUUAAAUACUGACAAGUGACAACGGAUUUUUUUUUAAGAAAUAAAGUGUCUAAGAUUGUUAAAAUUACAUGGUUUUACGUUUGUGGUACAAAUUUGCAUUUUAAGUGAUUAUCGUUUAAAUGUAAUUUAAAACCGUAGCUCGUAAGUGUAAUUACGUUUGGCGCUUAUAAUUUAUCUUGGUUACACAUUUGAAUUGAGUAGCAUUUUGAACGACAAAAACUCUAAAUAUUUCAAGUACCUUCAUAAAAAAAAUAUAUAUUUAAAUUUGUGUUAUACAGUAUACAUCUAUAAUAAAGAAAUUAUGUUCAGUACUAUGUACUCUUUAACACAAAAAAGUUGAAUUAUUUAUGAAAAUUUAAUUGAUUCAUACUAAAAGAUAUACCUUAUUUUUUCUUGUAGUAUCGUAACUGAGGAGGGAUUGCGUUAAAAUUACAUUCCUUACUGGAAAAUAUAAUAACUAUAUUAUAGUAACUACCCUCUGGUAUUAUUAAUAUUGAUAAUAUUUAGAUGAACAAAAUGCUUUUACAGGAAAAUCUCCCACGCAUU